UCUUUUCUCCGCCCAAUCGCGGAAGGCGGAACUCGGAGCGAGCGGAGGCAGGCGCGAGCCGGAGGGGGCCGGCGGCACCGGAAGGGGCGGGGCUGUUUCCGCGGCGCACUUGGACGGACACGUGCUUUUGUGGGUGCCGGCGCUGGCGGCCCAGCCCGGGGGAUGUCGCGUGCGGGCAGCGCGGUGCGGGCGGCCCCCGGCGGGGGCAGCGGCGGUGGCGGUGGCGGCAGCGCGCUCUUCUCGGGCUUCCGCGCUCUCGGCCUUUACUCCAACCACCUGCCCCACGUGCUGCGCUACCACCAGCGCCACCGCGAGUUCUACCUGGUCACCGCCGCGGGGAGGAGCUUCCACACCUACAACGUAAAGAAACUUGGUAUAGUUGCUGUUAGUAAUGCUUUAUUACAAGACAUUACUUGUUUGGCAGCAGACAGAAUGUUGGUCUUUGCUUCAUAUGGCAAUCUUCUCCACGCUUUUGCCCGGAACAAAGAGGUGGUUCAUAUAUAUGAUGGUCACAGAGGAGAAAUUCGCCUUUUGCAGCCAUUUGGUGAUCAUGUCAUCUCUGUGGAUAUUGAUAAUGUUCUUAUUGUUUGGGAUGUACAGUCAGAAGAAGAAUACCUACAACUGAAUUUUGAUAAGGCUAUUUUUGCAGUUUCUGCAAUUAUGCAUCCAAGUACUUACUUAAAUAAAAUUCUCCUUGGCAGUGAACAAGGAAGCCUGCAGUUAUGGAAUGUAAAAUCCAACAAACUUUUAUACUCAUUUCCAGGAUGGGGCUUAGGGGGUGUGACAACCCUCGAACAGGCACCAGCAGUAGAUGUAGUUGCAAUAGGUCUUGUGUCUGGUCAUAUCAUUGUGCACAACAUUAAGUUUGAUGAAACACUGAUGAAAUUUCAGCAAGACUGGGGUCCCAUCACAGCAAUAUCUUUCCGUACAGAUGGUCAUCCAGUCAUGGCAGCUGGAAGUCCUAUUGGACACAUUGCACUGUGGGAUUUGGAAGAGAAGAAACUAAUUAGUCAAAUGCGAAAUGCCCAUUCCACAGCAAUAGCUGGUAUGUCAUUUGUCCAGGGAGAGCCACUUCUUGUUACUAAUGGUGCUGAUAAUGCUAUAAAGAUAUGGAUCUUUGAUGGCCCUGGAGGUAGUGGCCGUUUGUUGAGGUGCCGUAUGGGACAUAGUGCUCCUCCAACAAAAAUCAGAUACCAUGGGCAAAAUGGACAACAAAUUCUUAGUGCAGGUCAGGAUGGAACCUUGCAGUCUUUUUCCACAGUGCAUGAAAGGUUCAAUAAAAGUUUAGGACGCGGUUCUAUAAACAAAAAGAAAUCAAAAAGGAAAGGUCUUCAGUAUGAUACAAUGGCCCUUCCACCUAUUACUGCAUUUGCAACAGAGAUAGCACGUCAGAAUGACUGGGAUGGGAUCAUUGCUUGCCAUCAAGGUUAUAUAACUUGUACAACCUGGAACUAUCAGAAAACUACCAUGGGAGCCCAUAAACUGAAACCAAAAGCAUUCAGCAAAAACAAGCCUCUUGAUGUAUAUGCGACAGUAGUUGACAUUACUACAUGUGGAAACUUUGCUGUAAUUGGGCUUUCAACAGGACAUGUAGAUGUAUACAACAUGCAGUCUGGCAUUCACCGAGGACAUUAUGGAAAAGAAAAAGCACAUGAAGGUGCCAUUAGAGGGGUAGCAGUGGAUGGAUUAAACCAGUUGACAAUCACAGCUGGAAGUGAAGGAUUAAUUAAAUUCUGGAAGUUCAAGACCAUGGACCUAGUUUACUCUGCAAAUCUCUCUUCUUCUCCAAGUGCAAUGCUGCUUCACAGAGACAGUGGUAUUCUGGGAAUUGCCUCAGAUGACUUUGGCAUUAGCGUUUUGGAUAUAGAAACAAGAAGGAUCGUCAGGAAGUUCUCAGGACACCACAGCCAGAUUAAUGACAUGACUUUCAGUCCCGAUGCCCGUUGGCUAAUAACUGCAUCAAUGGAUUGCACUAUUAAGACUUGGGACCUCCCAUCUGGAUGCCUCAUAGAUUGUUUUUUGUUAGACUCAGCAGCUAUCAGCAUUUCUAUGUCUCCUACUGGAGACUUUCUAGCUUCAUCACAUGUAGAUGAUCUUGGAAUUUAUCUCUGGUCUAACUGUUCCUUGUAUUCGCUUGUCUCUUUACGGCCACUUCCAGCAGAUUAUGAGCCUUCUGUAAUAAUGCUUCCCGGAACUUGCCCUACACAAGAUGUGGACAUCACAGGAGAUGAAGAAACAAGUGAUGAAAUGAUUGACUAUAGUUCACCAGAGCAAUUGGAAGGGCAGCUGGUGACCUUGUCGUCACUGUCUGAAUCAAGAUGGAAAAACCUCCUCAAUCUUGAUGUUAUCAAGAAAAGGAAUAAACCAAGAGAGCCACCGAAAGUUCCCAAAUCAGCUCCAUUCUUCAUCCCAACAGUUCCUGGCCUCAUACCACGAUAUGCUGCUGCUAAGGAAGAAAAUGAUGAACAGCAGUCAAAGGUAGUAAACCUUGGAGUAUUGGCACAAAAAUCUGAUUUCUACGUUCAACUUGAAGAAGCCUUGAGCAGUAAUGAGUAUAAAUCUCCACUUAAUAUUCUAAAGGAAAUGGGACCAUCUAGUAUUGAGAUAGAGCUAAGAGGCUUGGCUCCAGAUGCUGGCGGCUCUGUAGAGGUGAUGAAAAGCUUUUUGAGACUGAUUGGGACAAUGUUGAACACAAAGCGUGACUUUGAGCUGGCCCAGGCAUAUCUUGCAUUGUUUUUAAAGUUGCACCUUAAAAUCCUUUCUUCAGAGCCAGUCUUGCUGGAAGAAAUAGCCCAAGUGUCAACCCAACUAGAGGAAACCUGGAUCCAUUUACAGACUCUCUUCAAUCAAAGUCUGUGUGUGUUAAAUUAUAUGAAAAGUGCUUUGUUAUAAUGUGCCUUUGUUCCUAUUUAAGAAUGCUAAUGUUGGAUAAAAAUCCUCUCAGAUUGAUGGUACUUUUAACAUUGCAGAUAAGUUUCUAAUUCCAACAAUACAGCUUUUGUAUGUCUUUGUUAAAUAAUACAGAAUUAAAUAUUUAACUUUUAUUUAGCUCAUUUAAAUUCAUUGUCAAAAUUUAAACGUACAAAAUUUUAAAAUGUAAAGUGCCCCAUUAAAUGACUACUGGAGGCAAUGUAAAUUCUUUCUUUAUCGUGACCAAAAAUAUAUAAUGGGGUAACAAAUUAUGAGAGAGAAAGCAAUAAACCUGCCAGUCUCUUUAUAGAAAAUACUUUGUGUGUGUUAGACUUAUGCUGGAGCUUUAAAAAAGCCAUUGCUUUGUUAACAAAUGUUAACUGUGAGGUAAAAUAGUGAUACAGAAACUGCACAGCUCCUUGAAGCCAAAUUGUCAUUGUAAUGACUAAGUGCUUGCUAAAUCCAAUUUGAAGAAACUAGUUUGUUUUCACACACUCUUGUAAAUUGUGUUCUUUUUAUUCAAAUCCUUUUUACUCACGCAAAGAUUGCCAGCUGUAAUAUCAAACACAGAAUGUAAAAAAAUUGAUCAUUUGCAUGUAUCAAGUUUAUUAUCUUGAAAUUUUGUGAGACUCCAUUAGUGAUAAUGAGGGAUAAAAGCAUUCAGAUUGAUGUUCAUUGUUAGCAGCACUGAAUGUUAACUGUGCAAAUGAAUAUUACUCUCAGUAAAAAAAAAAUGAUAUCUUGGUUUUUCUUUCCAAGAGAAUCUUGAAUUUUAUAAGGGUCUUUUUCAACUGCUGCUGGUUCUGAAUAUUUCUAGAAGCCCAAAAAUGCUUUGCUGUUGGACAAGUUAGUUAGUUCAUUCUGUUUCAUGCACUACAGAUUGAAACAUUGUCUCACUGAGUAGCUGGUGUGUAUAUGUAGUUUAGAAAAAAUUCUGAUUAGAAGGGGCUGGUGCCCACCUAGAGCUAUGAUUUUGUCAUGGAGGUCACAGAAAUUGUGAAUUUGAAUAAAGUCCAUGAAACACAGUGGUGUUGCGUCCUGCGCGUGAGGGUGCAACACCACUCAGAUUUGGCCCAUCCAUCCCUCUAUCUCCAUCUGUGAAGGGACACAUGAGCCAAACCUGAGUGGCAUUGCAAUCCCAUGCACCAGGUCGCAAUGCCCAGAGCUGGGACCAGCCGUGCAGGACAGGAGCCACUGCUUUCGGGUGAGUGUGAGCUCACUCUCCAACACUCCUCCAGUCCCCAAUACCAGGCCUCACCUUUCAGUCCCCCUGACCUUACCAUGAAUUUUUUCCUCACCUCUCUGCUGUGAAAUUUACGCAAAAUUUCUGUGCCAAAAUUCUAAUCUUGUGUAUAUACCAUAUGACACCAUAAGAAUGAAACAGAAGUAAACUGGUUAAUUGCCAUAAAUGCAUAACUUUUCAUUCCACUAUA